AUGGGUAAAACCUCAGCCAAGAGAGACAUAAUUGCCAGUAACGGCCUGCCAGAGGGCGCCCGUGAGCCGCGCUCUCCCAGUGACGAUGCCGCCUACCGCCACGAGAAAAGCGAAGCAGAAGCUCCACUCCACUCCUACGUUUACCCGUCGGUGCUCGCGUCGCAUGUGCCUUGCGGCGCCGCUAAGAUAACCCCCGACGCGGCGAGCUGCCUCCGCGGGGCCGGCACCGAGGCCGAACGAGAGCCGCCACCAUGCCGGGUAACCGGCAUCUCGUCGCGGGCUUGCUUCUGCUCUCCCUCGAGUGGCAAAGAAGACACGCACGGGAUUCCCGCCAGGCAACUCGGUGUUGACGCGGUGGUGUUUGUUAUCCAGAGUCAGAGUAACUCCUUUCACGCCGGCCAAGCGGAAAAACUACGAGAUGAUCUACUACGGCAAGUGCAAGCCACCUCCCAGAAACCGCCGGUGGUUUUGCUGCUUCACACUUUGUCCGACAAUGAAGGAGACUGGAGCAUCCUUCCUUUGCUGCCUUAUUUAUCAAUCUCCUUCGGGAAGAAUUCCUCCUGGAUGGUGUUCCUGGAAGAAGAAACCCACGUGGAAGUGACGAGACUCGUCGGCGCGCUAGCAAACUUCGACGAGGAAAAAGAAUGGUUCCUGGGGAAGCCUCUCCACGACGACGAGUCGACCAUCAUCCAUCACUACGCCUUCGCGGAGAACCCGUCCGUCUUUAAGUACCCCGACUUCUCCGCCGGGUGGGCCUUAAGCAUCCCUCUGCUCGUCAGGCUUGCCGACAAAGUCCGUCAGCAGCCGCCCAAAUCAGACUUCACCAUCGACCUGAAACACGAGGUGGCCUUGUACAUAUGGGACAAAGGCAAAGGCCCCCGGCUGACCGCGGUGCCCCAGUUGUGCACCGAGCCCGAGGGCUCCCCGAGGGCCCGUACCUGCGCUACCGCGCUGAGACGCCGACCCCUCCCGUGCGGGGAGCCGGUAAAAAAAGAAGACGUCUUCGUCGCCGUGAAAACCUGCAAGAAAUUUCACCACGAGAGAGUUCCCGUUAUCAAGAAGACUUGGGAGGGAGACGCCGCCUACGUGGAAUAUUACAGCGAUUACGCCGACGCUUCCGUACCCACCGUGGAUUUGGGGGUACCUAACACGGAGAGAGGCCACUGCGGGAAAACCUUCGCUAUCCUCCAAAGAUUCCUCAGCGGCGACGUCCCGGACACUCAGUGGCUCCUCAUCGUCGACGACGACACGCUAAUCAGCCUACCCAGACUGCGGCGGUUGCUGAGCUGCUACAGCGCCGGGGAAGCCGUGUAUCUGGGCGAGCGCUACGGCUACGGCCUCAGCCAGGGAGGCUACAGCUACAUCACCGGCGGCGGCGGCAUGGUGUUUAGCCGGGAGGCAGUGGCGCGCCUCCUCCGGAGCGGCUGCAAAUGCUACAGCGACGACGCGCCGGACGACAUGGUGCUGGGAAUGUGCCUCAAUGCUCUGGACAUACCCGCCACGCACAGCCCGCUUUUCCAUCAGGCCCGACCGGAGGACUACGCGGCGGAGCUGCUGGCUCACCAGGUGCCCAUUUCUUUCCACAAACACUGGAACGUGGACCCCGUAGCGGUUUUCCACAAAUGGCUGCGUGAAGACGAGCGCAAGAGGAGCUCGGGCGACAAAACCGAGUUGUGA